AUACCUGGCAACCUUUACAAUUGUACCCGGCAAAACGUCGAAAUUUCGCAUUAUAUUUGUUGUGACUUGUUUUUGAAUUGUUGUGAAAUUUUGCGCUUAAAAAAAUAUCAUAUAAUGUCUACUAUUGAAAAACUAUCAAUACAAGGUAUUCGUAGUUUUGGUUCCAAUUCGGAAGAUGUGCAGACUAUUACAUUUUCUUCGCCUGUGACACUAAUCCUGGGUGAGAAUGGUUGUGGAAAGACUACCGUUAUAGAAUGUUUGAAAUAUGGACUAACCGGUGAAUUACCGCCGGGCAGUGAUCAUGGUCGCAGCUUUGUGCAUGAUCCAAAAAUAUUCAAUCAAGCAGGUACCUUGGCUCAAGUUAAGCUGGAAGUCAGCAAUUUGCAAGGCAAACGUAUUUCCGUUUGUCGGUCAAUGAAAAUUACUAAUAAGCGUGGCAAUAAGUACGCAUUUGAAACGCUAGAUGCGACUAUGAAUUAUAUAGAUGGCAAAGGUGAUAGUAAGGGUGCUACGAAUUCCAUUAGUAAACGUUGUGUAGAUGUCGAUGUGGCUAUGUGUCAAUUUAUGGGUGUUUCCAAAGCUAUAAUCAAUAAUGUGCUAUUCUGUCAUCAGGAGGAUUCCAAUUGGCCAUUGGAUGAAUCGAAGAAAUUAAAAGAUAAAUUUGAUGCUAUAUUCGGUAUAACUGAAUUCAAUAAAACAAUUGAGCGUAUAAUAAAAAUGCGUAAAGAGGAGGUUGACAAGUUAAAAGUUAAAGAGGCUGAUUUGCGUCUUCUUGCACACUUAAAGCAAGAAAUGGAUGAUAAGUCAUUGACUUUGAAGAAGGCCCAAGAGAAGUGCACAGCUAUAGAACACGAAUGCGAACGUUGCGAAGAAGAAAUGAAGCCAAUCGAUGCACGUUUGUUGGAAAUACGCAACGUAGAGUAUGAGGUUGGCAAGUAUCAGGCGAAAAAGGUCGAGAUAGAAACUGAGCAAAAAAAUUGUCAGGAGCAUAUACGUGCUUUAAGCAGUAAUAUCAAAGUACCAUUCGAAGGUAGCCGCGAAGAGUUGGAACAAGAAAUUUCAGACUUCGGACAAAAAAUGCUAGAAAAACGUCAACGUCGAAAUGUGCUUGAUAAAAAAGUGAACGAUUUGAAACAAGAAGAGAAAACGUUUCAAAAACGCUUUACCGAUUUGGAUAAAAGGCGUAUACUGCUGAUGCAGCAACGCCAGAAGGAACAGGAAUGCAUUUCGAAACGUGCCGAACAGUUGAAAGAGCUCUGCCAAAAUUUGGGUAUUACACUCACUGAGGAUUUAGAAUUUCAGCCUGAAAGUGUGCCUGUUGUGCUUGAAAGAAUCGAGAAUUCCUUAAUGAAUAAAGAAUGCAGUAUAGCAGAAAGUAUUGCACAAAACGAUAAAGAGGAUAGUGAAAGACAGCGUGAAAUAGACAUACAACGCGUGGAGCUCACCAAAGUCGAGGAGGGCAUUGUCACUCAUGAGAAACAAAAAAAUCAAAAUGAAAAGGAAUUAGAAUCAAUCAUGAAAGAGAUUGCCGAAAUAGAAAGCUCAGCACGACGUAUAAAAAUUCUUUCGGAUAAUAUAGAUCGUCUAAUAAAAAUGAUGGACGAAAUGAAUGGUAAAUGUAAUCAAGAAACCAUGAGAACUGAUAUUGCAGAGAAUAAAGCGAGAAUUGGAAAGUUGCAAGAGCAGUUUCGUGAGCUUGAUGAACGUCUAACGAAAUUGAAUAUGAUGUCCAAGUUGAUGGCUGAGAUAACAUUGAAACAAAAGGAGUUGGAAAAGAAAGAGCAGGAUGUACGACGCGUUAAGGGCAAACAUGCGGAUAACUUUAAGAAACUACUUAGCCGUCCGGUAGAGUCCAAUUACAGGCGCGCAAUACAAUUAUGUGGUGAUAAAUUGCGUGACACAAUCAAAGAACUCAACGCAAAGUCAAACAAAUUGCAACUGGAACAACAAUCGUGUGAGAUAAAACGCAAAAAUUUAAAGAGUGAAUUAUUAAAGCUAGAAAAAGAGCUUGAAGAGUCAAAAGAAAAGGUUUACGAGGCUUGCCACGCAGCCUCCUAUGAAGAUACGUUGGCUAAGAGUAAAGCGACCAUGGCGAAAUAUCAAAGCGAACAUGGCGCAUUGCUCUCAGCAGAAGCGAUGUAUAAAAGAUAUAUAGAAAAAGUCACCGAAGAGCCAUGUUGUCCGCUUUGCCAUAAAGAUAUGACGGAAAAUGAGGCCAGCGAUAUAACUAUGGAGUUAUCUGAUGAGAUCAACCGCUUGCCAGAGAAUAUAAAACGUACCGAGAAGUUGCUGAAAGCAGAACAAAAGAAAUAUGAAAAUCUUUUACAUAUUAAAUCUGUGGUCGAAACUGUUUCCAAAUUGGAAGGAGAUAUUCCAAAGAAAAAGAAAGAGCUCGCUUGCAUUGAGGAAAAGUUGGCAAAAUGUGUUGAAGAGAGUGAAUCACAGCAAUUACUUUUAGCCGAGCCGACUACAGCGCUAGAGUUGGCCGAUUCGAUGAUGGGCGAUGUUUCAUUGUUGGAUGAAGCUAUGAAAGAGAUUACGCGAUUGAAAAAUGAUGUUGCACAAUUAAAUACAAAACUACCCGAAGAUUUCGAGUCCGAUGCCAAUAUAGAAGAUUUGCAAAUGUUGAAAACGAGCAUUUCUGAGGAGCUCGAUGCAGAGCGUCAUACAUUAGAGGAGAAGCAGGCGAAUUUGGAGAAGAUUGUAAAUGCAUUGAAUAAAAUGCAAGAACAGAAAAAUGCUUAUCAAGAUGAACGUAUAAAACUACAGGAAGGGCAGCAGUCUCUGGUUCAAUUGCAAGAGCGUCAAACGGAGUUAAAAAAUUUAAUCGAGAGCAAAACUGCUGAGAUUAAAAUACUAAAAACAAAAUUGCCUACACUAAAGCAAAAGUUGAGUUCAUUAUUAGCUGAGAAGAAUCGUCUGUUAGAUGCUUCACGUAAGCGUGUUGCUAAAAUGCAAACCGAAUUGAAUGCAUUUAAGAAAAUGGAUCACGAGAUACAGAGGCUAAAUACCGAAGUACUCGAAUUUCAACUUUUAAAUCUUGCCACCGAAAUCGAUGAGUUAAAAGAAUCAAUAAAAAAGUGUAAAGCAGAUGUUGAAGCAAAGGCCGAAGAGAUCUGCAAAACGUCGAAUGAACUUGAAGUGAUCAAAACCGAAUGUCUGCAACAAGAAACGCUUGAGCGCGACUUGAAGGAUAAUCGUGAAUUGAAAAAAUUGCAAGAGAAAAAGAAAGACAUUGAUACUCGAGUUGAAGCUUUGGCCAAGCAAUUGGGAAAAAUGGAUUUUCCCAAACUAUCACAAGAGAAGAAUGCUUUAAUUAAACAACGCGAGAAAGGUACCGAACGCAAAGGAGAAUUACUUGGCAAAAUCGGUGAAGUUAAGAGUCAAGUAAAGAAAUUAGAAUGCGAAAUAAAUGAGUCGAAAUUCAAGAAUUCACAUGAAAAUUAUCGUCGUGCCUACUAUGAAGUCGAUACAUCACGUCAACUUAUUAAGGAUCUUGGUGAGAGUAAAAUCAGCUUGGAGUGGUCACUAAUGAAAUUCCAUGCGGAGAAAAUGGAACAUAUAAAUCGGCUUAUACGUGAAUAUUGGCGUCUAAUUUAUCGUGGCAACGACAUUGACUACAUACAAAUACAAGCCGAUGAAGUAGAUAUGAAUGCAAAUGCUGAUCGUCGUCGCAACUAUAAAUAUCGUGUUGUCCAGUCGAAGAAUAGCUCAGAGAUUGAUAUGCGUGGCCGUUGCAGUGCCGGUCAACGUGUGUUGGCUUCGUUAAUUAUACGUAUGGCGUUGGCAGAAACUUUCAGCAGCAAUUGUGGUGUGUUGGCAUUGGAUGAACCGACCACCAAUUUAGAUCGUAAUAAUAUUUUAUCUUUGUGUGAGGCGUUGAAUCGAAUUGUCGAUGAAAGACGUAUGCAAUCGAAUUUUAUGUUAAUUAUCAUUACACACGAUGAUGAUUUCAUAUCAACUUUAGGUAAAAUAACUACUUACCAUCGUGUCUUUCGUAAUGAUGAGUGUAAAUCUGUUAUACGUAAAGUGAAGGUGUCAUAAUCUUAAUUGAUGUUGUCCAAACCAAAACAAUAUUAUUAAGUUUCAUUACUAUAAAUUUAAGUGUAUUUGAUUUCACAGUUAUAAGCUAAAUUUAUUUUAAACAUACAUCAUGCUUUACCGGAAUAAAAAUACUGCAACUUGUUAUAAGUAAUAAAAAUCUCAUUUGUUACGCAUUCUUAUUAUAAAA